AUGUCUUCUUCACAUCUGGAAGGUCCACUUUUGCGCCGCUCUAUCCCCUUUGUGGAGCGCUGGAUCGCCGAGCUUGCCGCCGCGAGAGCACCGCCGGUAGCCGCCAAGACGGAGGUGGCGCGGGAGCAGGCGCCGCGAGGCGUGGACGCGAAGGGAAAAAAGAAGGGCGGAAAUGCUGCUGGUGCCCCCGCGACUGCUGCUGCUGCUGCCGCUGCCUCUGGGGAGGAGGCCUCUGGCAGCAGCAUGUCCAAGUGUCGCUUUGUCGUCGGCAAGGUGGUUGACGUGCGCCCGCACCCGGAGAGCGAGAAGUUGUAUAUUGAAGAGAUUGACCUCGGCGAGGCGGCAGGGGGACGCCGCACCAUCCUUAGCGGCCUCCAGGGGCACGUGAGUCAGGCGGAGUUUGUCAACCGCCUGGUGCUUGUCAUUGCCAACCUAGAGCCGCGCAAGAUUGGCGGCAUCGUUUCAGAAGGCAUGGUCCUCUGUGCCUCGCAAACCGACGGGGACACGCGCGAUGUAAAGUUGCUGGACGUCCCCGCAGACACACCCAUCGGCGAACGUGUCGUGUUUGAAGGCCACGACGGCCCUUUUGAGCCGGUGCUGAAGAAGAAGUUGGCAAAACACUUUGAAAAGGUGGCGGCCGACCUAAAGACGAAUGAAAAGGGUGAGGUGGUGUGGGGAAGCGUGCCGUUUCGCACGAGCCGUGGUGUCAUUACUGCGCCCAUCCGUAAUGGCGUCGUCUCGUGA